ACUUUUCCCGGGCCAUCGGUAGAAUCGUGGUGAGUUUCGCAGUUCAAACGAGGGACGGCGAAUGAUUUCAUCUAUCUGUGGCUCCGAAUGGAUAUCCUCCACACCCACUCGCAUCGCCUGUCAGGAGUGUUCUCUUCGCCACAAAUUAAAAGAGGCACCGCGCCAACGAUUACUUCACACGUCAUUCGAUUUGACAUUCGAUUUGAUGGCAUCUGUCGCUGACAACAAUCAGCAGCAACAAAAAGCAGUGUUCCACUGGAGCACCAUCGUCAUCAUCAUCAUCAUCAUCACCACCAUCACCAGCAUCAACAUCAACAUCUUCUCGAGCGACACACAUUUGAAUGGGCGCGUGGGCGUAUGCGCGAUAUCAGCACUUGGUAUUGAAUAGGCCCAGCUAUUAAUUGGUUCAUCAUAGCGUCGCGUUGCGACUUCCUUCCGCUCCAAGCAGCUUCCUGUCAACUCUGCAACUCCGUAUUAGGUUUCGCCUCUUUGCGCCUAUGUACAUACGUGUGCCGCAACGGAGAUGCGUCAUCCAACACGCCCACACGCGCCCAAUUAGGCCCAAGUCAAAACAAGAUUUGCGGCGAUUCGGUUAGUUGUUUUUUAUGCCAAGUUCGCCAUGACAUCAGCACGAAAACCAGCGCCAAGUUGCUACACUUCAAUCCGCCUGUGUGGCUGGGACGGCCUUGACUUUGGCCUUCUCCAGUUUCUGCGUCUUCACUGCGAUUGGAUAUAAAUCAGUGGAGGAUCGAGUGCAUAACUGGAGGGAACCCACCUGUGAUCAGGACAUCCUCGCUGUCCUCGCCCACGCCCUCGCCCUUCUCUGUUCGCUGGAGCACCUGUUUACGCAGCUUGCGGAGGUAGGCCGCUUUGUACUCCUCGCUGGGCUUCCCGCCUGCCCCAUAGCUCACCUCCAGCACUGUCAGCGGAAUCACGGUGGAGGAGACGGGCACCAGGUCUGCCGAAAAAGGGUGAAAUAAUAGUUGGUGGCAAGAUAACCAACUCAUCUCAUCGAGCACCCACCUGCCUCGUACUUCUCUUCAGGAUUCAGCUUGUACAGCAUCGGAGAGGCGGAGACGCUGGCGCAGACCAGCACCAGAACCAGCAAUCGCGGCAGAAGAUCGGUCAUAGUGAUGAUGAUGGUCCAAAAGCCACACACAAACUGGUCUCUUGGCCAAGCAAAAGUUUAAAUUUAAAUUUGAGAAACUCACCAUGGGCGGCAACUGAAAGUAUCGCACAUUUCCAGCGAUUCAUCGAUAGUCCAUGCACAAAUUAUUUUUAGCAAGCAUAGAAACCGACCUAGCGGUGGUAUCCACCGAUCUAGCUAGGACACACACCGCGGUUUAAUAUUUCGACAGCAAACGUCAGAAAGAGCCCGAUAGACACGUGAAAUAAGGAGUUCGUUAUCGAAGUACCGCACGCCCGAUGAGAUCAGACAUCGGCAGACGCAUGCUAUCGAUAACGGUCUUGUUUAUUAAUGAAUUAAUUAAUUAGUCCAAGUUAACUAAAAAAAGUCGAAAAACAGCGAAAUCGGCGUAGUCAGCGUGCCCAAGUGGAGUACCCCCAGCGAACAGAGGCAGCGACAGAGUGCAAGAGUGCAAGAGCAAGACGCAGUCGAAGGCCAGGCCACAAGGCGCAGCAACGCAACAAAGACGCAAGCGAAGAAGAAAAGCAUGAGCUGAGGCUGUCGUCGCCAGCAAGCAAGGGAAUCGCGCGGACAAUAAGAGUAGGAGCAGGAGCAGGAGUAGGACAGGAGUGGGAGCACGAGCAGCAAAGGAGCACCAACCCAGCGGAGCACCCGAACCGCAGCAGCGGCAACACCAUCAUGAGCACGGUGUUCAUAAACUCGCGCAAGAGCCCCAACGUGCUGAAAAAACAGGGCACCGACCAGUGGGUCAAGCUGAACGUAGGCGGUACCUACUUCCUCACCACAAAGACGACGCUCUCCCGUGACCCAAAUUCGUUCCUCUCCCGUCUGAUUCAGGAGGACUGCGACUUGAUAUCAGAUCGGGACGAGACAGGAGCCUACCUGAUCGACAGAGACCCCAAAUACUUUGCACCCGUGCUCAAUUACCUGCGCCACGGCAAGCUUGUGCUCGAUGGCGUCUCAGAGGAAGGCGUCCUGGAGGAGGCUGAGUUCUACAACGUGACGCAGCUGAUAGCGCUGCUGAAGGAGUGCAUCCUGCACAGGGAUCAGCGACCCCAAACGGACAAGAAGCGCGUUUAUCGUGUGCUGCAGUGCCGCGAGCAGGAACUAACCCAGAUGAUCUCAACGCUGUCGGAUGGCUGGAGGUUCGAGCAGCUGAUCAGCAUGCAGUACACGAACUACGGGCCCUUCGAAAACAAUGAGUUCCUGUGCGUGGUAUCCAAAGAGUGUGGCACAACGGCCGGCCGGGAGCUGGAGCUCAACGACCGGGCCAAGGUCCUGCAGCAGAAGGGAUCGCGAAUUCUUGGAAUUUAAUCGCGCUAUAUAUUCACACACAACCCUUGAAAAUUUAAAUACCGAACUUCAUCAACAUACAACUCAUUCCCAAUCAGUAACACAAUCAGCCACUCAGCCACACCGACCCAACACCAAUUGGAUGCAGCCAAGGAAGCCCGAGCCACAGCCACAGCCACAUCAAACACCACAAACCACACGCGAUCAGAUCAGACUCAGCCACAGGCACAGAUCACCCACCAAGAUCAGCCGGAAUCACCAAAGCAGAGCCCGCAGGGAGACUACGCUUCAUUUGCAUUCGAGACAAAGUUAACAGGUACCACUGCGAUUCGAUUCUCGCCCUUGUGGCCGUUUUGCGCACUGUACGAAGUGUGUGCGGGCGUGCAUGUGUUCAACUUGUAGUAAACCAGAUAGACCCGACUGUACGAGCAACAAGAAACCAGCCCUGCUUCGUUGCGCCCAAUAGCCAGGCGGCUGAAUUAGACUCAGUUUCGAGCUUAAGCUUUGCUUCAAGUGGCACGCGCGAACCAGCCAGCCAGCCAGCCAGUCAGUCAGUCAGUUAGCCAGACAUUUAGCAGAGGAUCCUUCCGAGCCGCUGGGCUACUGGGACACUCAAUAAGCUAGGUAUAUACACAUUUAGCGGGAGUUUGUAGGGUUAGUCUUAGUAGUUUUUAUCGUGCUUACAAUAACGACCCUGACGACGCAGCGGACACUUCGCUGGAGCAGUCGCGAUUCCCUUGGUUAAGCACCCAACUAACUUACAGUACCGCACUAGGUUCGAGCUGCAUUUACGUGUCCGAUACCGAUACCGAUACCAAUACCAAUACCAGGCCCUCUGCACCCGAAAUCCGAGUCCCCCGGAAUUUGUAGAGUCGCAGAGUUCUGCUCCGUAGUUCUGCUGCUUGCUGUACUCUUGAACUGGUGAGCGGUAGGAGCGUACGUGUGGUCCGUUUUGUGUAGGCCCGGUUUUACUACCUUGAGCUUUAUUUUAGAAAACGAGCAAGGCGAAGAUCAACUUUAGGAAAUCAAUUGAAUCACGACUGAAUUUAUGUGAACUUGCACUCAAAGAAAAUACAUACAUGCGAAUACAUUAUAGUGAGGAUAUACAUGUGUGAAAAAGAAAAUGAUUAACGAAAAUGAAAACCUAUCCGGCGACGUUUUGUACAGACAGGCAUGAUAUCUAUAAUAUGAUAAGUACUACAUGAAUGUAUAUAAUUUUAAAUAGUUACUAAUUUAUACACGAAAAAGAAAACAAGCGAAAAUUGAAGAUGAUCCAGAACGUCGCCACCUACUCGUACCCAUUUUGUAUCCAUUUUGACUUAUUUUACGAGCACAGCUGGUGCAGAUUAUAUAGAGUAUAACUUAUGCUUACGAGGAUUAUUUCGACGAAGAACCUUUACACUAGCAAGUAGUAGAACCGCAGCGCCCGAUUACGCCGGACGCAGUGUCUGGCACUUAGCAAUACAGAGAAAGGCCACUGCAAGUUAGUACAGACACGGCAACAAGUACAGAUAACUCUUAACUCUAACAAUAAUACGAUAGCAUAGCCUAACCCCUACUGUAACUCCAUAAGGAUGUACUCAUACCCACUUUAAACAGCCUGUGCCCCGUACCUUGUACCCUGUAUCCUGUAUCCUGUAUUCUGCAGCCGCGGAUGCUCAGUCCCGCCCAGAACCCGGCUGUCGCUGGAGCUGGAGCUGGAUCGGAUCCUGGAUGCUGCUCCCUCAAAUAAUAUGAAUAUAUAUGAAUAAACUUGGAACCCUUUUCUAAAAAACAUCCCCAAGCAGCUUCGUCCUGUGAAUGCGCUUUGUGCUUUAAAGCCUUCCGAAAAAGCUCAAGUGCGGGAACUGGUUAAGGAUUUUACAGAAGCAGUAUGACAAUCAGCAGUUCAGUGGUCUCCGGAUUCGUGUUGGUGGUGAGCCAUACUCCCGGGAUUAUCAAGGACGCACAACCCGAAGCCCGAUAAUAUAAGCUUUAAAGGAACAAAGCUUCGGAAGUGCGAAGCAAUGUACCAAACUUCAGCAAGGACACUUCAAAAGCGUUCUUUACUUCUAAUAUCUUAAAUUUUCUUGUUUAAGUUUUUAUAUAUGAUAAUUGUAUAUUUAUGUUAUUAAUGUGCAUGUCCCCCGGGCAAAUUUAGAUCUUUCCUGCUGGUAUCCUGCUGGCCGCCACGAGAAAACUGGUGGCUCAGAAUCCUAAGUCUUGGACAAAUUCGAAGCUAAUAAAAGUGCUUUAAGGAACCAGCU